UGAUACUCGGACAACCCAUAUUCUCCACGACUCAUUUAAGUUUAACACCUCAAUUUACUUCUAUAUCACUCUUCGUAUCACAUCACCAACCUAUCACAUCUAUUACACCCAUCUCUAUAUCUCCUUCGCUCUCAAAGUGUAUGCAUUUUAAUAAAGUGUCCACCAAACAUUUUCCUAAAGUCGCAAAAACAACAAUGGCGAACGCAGAGAGCAAUAUCAGAGGCUCAAGAUGGUCCCUCAAGGGAACUACUGCUCUAGUUACCGGUGGAACACGUGGAAUCGGGCAUGCUGUGGUGGAGGAACUUGCCGAGUUUGGUGCCACGGUGUACACUUGUUCUAGAAACGAAGAAGAGCUUAAUAAAUGCUUAAAUGAAUGGAAAGAUAAGGGUUUUUCGAUUUAUGGAUCAGUCUGCAAUGCGUCUUCGCCUUCUCAAAGAAAAGAGCUUAUUCAACAAGUGUCUUCUACCUUCAACGGAAAGCUCAACAUACUUGUAAACAAUGCUGGUACAAAUGUGAGAAAGCCAACAAUUGAGUUUACAUCAGAAGAUUAUUCAAAAGUGAUGAAUACAAACUUAGAUUCUGCAUUCCAUCUAUGCCAACUUACUUAUCCUCUUCUUAAAGAAUCUGGAAAUGGAAGCAUUGUGUUCAUUUCCUCUGUUGCAUCUCUCACAUGUGUCGGUUCGGCAACCAUCUAUGCAUUGAGUAAAGCUGCAAUCAAUCAGCUGACAAAAAAUCUUGCUUGUGAAUGGGCAAAAGACAAUAUAAGGAGUAACUGUGUUGCACCUUGGUAUACAAAAACAUCACUUGUGAAAGAUUUUAUUGCUAAUAAAGAGUUUGUGAAUGAAAUACUAUCUCGAACACCGAUACAACGAAUAGCAGAAACAAAUGAAGUGUCUUCCUUAGUUACUUUCCUUUGCUUGCCAGCUGCUUCCUACAUCACUGGACAAACUGUUUCUGUUGAUGGAGGAUUUACUGUGAAUGGAUUUCAACCAAGCAUUAGGAUUAGCUAAAGCUGCAAUGUAAUUGUCAUGUUUAUUUUCUACAUUGUGUAAACAACACAAUGGUAUUUCAUCAAAUCCUGGUUAGAAGGUUUGUGAAAAAAAAAUGGUUUGGCUUUCAUUUUGCCAUUUAUCAUUUUGUUUUCUGGAUAGAUUAUAUAUUCCUCAUGCUAUUACUCAUCUAGGAAGGAAUAAAUUGAAAAUGCACAAUUUCAUAUCAA